AUGUAUACAAUUUUAAAGAAGAAGUGGGGUUCGUAUCGAGCGCAUACAUAUUUUGGACUGCGUACAAAGGAUCCACGUUCUCCACUCUUUGGAAUCAUGUGGUACAAGCAACCGGCAGUUUUACAAAGACCACAUAUGAGACAUUGGUGUGAUCAGGGAGAUGAUUUGAAGAGCUAUGGAUGGUACGCGGCCGACGGCCGUACCUUCGGGCGUGAAAAUGUGACUGACCGGUCUUGUAAGCUAAGUUUCGACUGGAUAAGUAAUAGAGAAACAUGGACAGCUGGUGUGCGCAUUUACCCGAAAACUAGAUACACAGUCAUAGUAUACAUGGUGGCACAGGAUUCACGAACGAAGUUCCGACCAGGAAACCACUUAAGAGAUCCUAUAAAGGGACGAACGGAACUGUUUGGCGAUAUUGAAUUGAUGGUAAAUGUGAAGAAUGAAAGCGAGAUUCUCCAUUCGACAUUGGUUUGGGAUGACGACGUACAUCUAGACCAUCUGAACGAGCUCAUACUCAUGAACACGCUCGCUCUCAAAUCCGAUUCCGGACUCGUGUACCAGUUAGGACAACAAAAACCAUUCCAUGAAGGCCGCUUUGUAGCGAUUCAGUUCAAUAUUCAAACAGAGACGAAUAUGGAAAUAACUUUCAGAGGUAAGCCGUGGUCCUGUAUGCCUCUUAUGCGCGUCAAAGUUGCGUCUUCCCCGUCCCACUCAAUUCAUACCCGUGCGCAAUUUGCUGACAUUGAGGUACCCUAA